AUGGCGGCGGAGCGCGGCGCCCGGCGCCCCGGCGGCCCCUCCGCGGCGUCCUGGCUCUGCUGCGUGCUGUGGCUGCUGCUCGGGCGCCCGGCCGCGGCCGCCAGGAGCGGCUCCCCGGGGCCGGCGGCAGGAGCCAGUGUCCGAACAUUCACUCCAUUUUAUUUCCUGGUGGAGCCAGUGGACACACUCUCAGUUCGAGGCUCUUCUGUUAUAUUAAAUUGCUCAGCAUAUUCUGAGCCUUCGCCAAAAAUUGAAUGGAAAAAAGAUGGGACUUUUUUAAACUUAGUAUCAGAUGAUCGACGCCAGCUACUUCCGGAUGGAUCUUUGUUUAUCAGCAAUGUGGUGCAUUCCAAACACAAUAAACCCGAUGAAGGUUACUAUCAGUGUGUAGCCACUGUUGAUAGUCUUGGAACUAUUGUCAGCAGAACGGCCAAGCUCAUAGUAGCAGGUCUUCCGAGAUUUAUCAGCCAACCAGAACCUUCCUCAGUUUAUGCUGGAGGCAGUGCCAUUCUGAAUUGUGAUGUUAAUGCAGAUUUGGUCCCGUUUGUGAGGUGGGAACUGAACAAGCAGCCCCUUCUUCCGGAUGACAGAGUUGUGAAGCUUCCAAGUGGCACACUGGUUAUCAGCAAUGUGACUGAAGGAGACGGGGGACUCUAUCGAUGCAUAGUUGAAAGCGGAGGGCCACCGAAGUACAGUGAUGAAGCUGAACUGAAAGUUCUUCCAGAUCUCGAGGAAACGCCAAACUUGGUAUUUUUGAAACAGCCAUCUUCCUUAGUCAGAGUGCUUGGUCAGAGUGCAGUGUUGCCCUGUGUUGCUUCGGGACUUCCUAUUCCAGCUGUUAGAUGGAUGAAAAAUGAGGAAGCACUUGAUGUAGAAAGCUCUGAAAGAUUGGCCUUGCUGGCAGGUGGUAGCCUGGAAAUCAGUGAUAUCACUGAGGAUGACGCAGGGACGUAUUUCUGCAUCGCAGACAAUGGAAAUGAGACAAUUGAUGCACAGGCAGAGCUUACAGUGCAAGCCCAACCUGAAUUUUUAAAACAACCUGCUAAUAUAUAUGCUCAUGAGUCCAUGGAUAUUAUAUUUGAGUGUGAAGUAACUGGGAAGCCAACGCCAACUGUGAAAUGGGUCAAGAAUGGGGACAUGGUCAUCCCAAGUGAUUACUUCAAAAUUGUAAAGGAACAUAAUCUUCAAGUUUUGGGUCUGGUGAAAUCAGAUGAAGGGUUUUAUCAGUGCAUUGCCGAGAAUGAUGUUGGAAAUGCGCAGGCUGGAGCCCAGCUCAUAAUCCUUGAACAUGCACCAGCCACAACGGGACCACUGCCUUCAGCUCCUCGGGACGUCGUGGCCUCCCUGGUCUCUACCCGCUUCAUCAAAUUGACAUGGCGGACACCGGCUUCAGAUCCCCAUGGAGACAACCUCACCUAUUCAGUGUUCUACACCAAGGAAGGCACUGCUAGGGAGCGUGUUGAGAAUACCAGUCGCCCAGGAGAGAUGCAGGUAACCGUUCAAAACUUAAUGCCAGCGACUGUAUACAUCUUCAGAGUUAUGGCCCAAAAUAAGCAUGGCUCAGGAGAGAGUUCAGCUCCACUACGAGUAGAAACACAGCCUGAAGUUCAGCUCCCUGGCCCAGCCCCUAACAUCCGAGCUCACACUACGUCACCUACUUCCGUCACCAUCACGUGGGAGACACCACUGUCAGGCAAUGGGGAAAUUCAGAACUACAAAUUGUACUACAUGGAAAAAGGAACUGAUAAAGAGCAGGAUGUGGAUGUUUCAACUCACUCCUACACCAUUAAUGGGCUGAAAAAAUACACGGAGUAUAGUUUCCGGGUAGUGGCCUACAAUAAACAUGGUCCUGGAGUCUCCACACAGGAUGUUGCCAUUCGGACCCUGUCAGAUGUUCCCAGUGCUGCUCCUCAGAAUGUGUCCUUAGAAGUGAGAAACUCCAAGAGUAUUAGGAUUCACUGGCAGCCACCUUCUCCAGCUACACAAAACGGGCAGAUCACUGGCUACAAGAUUCGCCACCGAAAGGCCUCCCGCAAGAGUGAUGUCACUGAAACCUUGGUUCCUGGGACCCAGCUGUCUCAGCUGAUUGAAGGUCUCGAUCGGGGGACUGAGUAUAAUUUUCGAGUGGCUGCUCUCACAGUCAAUGGUACAGGCCCAGCAACUGACUGGCUGUCUGCUGAAACUUUUGAAAGUGACUUAGAUGAAACUCGGGUUCCCGAAGUGCCUAGCUCUCUUCACGUUCGCCCACUUGUCACCAGUAUUGUAGUAAGCUGGACUCCUCCAGAGAAUCAGAACAUUGUGGUUCGAGGCUAUGCCAUUGGUUAUGGCAUUGGCAGCCCUCAUGCCCAGACCAUCAAAGUGGACUAUAAACAGCGCUAUUACACCAUUGAAAAUUUGGAUCCGAGUUCUCAUUAUGUGAUUACCCUGAGAGCAUUCAACAGCGUCGGCGAAGGCGUCCCACUGUACGAGAGCGCAGUGACCAGGCCUCACACAGACACUUCUGAAGUUGAUUUGUUUGUUAUUAAUGCUCCAUACACUCCAGUGCCAGAUCCCACUCCCAUGAUGCCACCCGUGGGAGUUCAGGCUUCCAUUCUGAGUCAUGACACCAUAAGGAUCACGUGGGCAGACAACUCACUGCCCAAACACCAGAAGAUUACAGACUCCCGGUACUACACAGUCCGAUGGAAAACUAACAUCCCAGCCAACACCAAGUACAAGAAUGCAAAUGCAACAACUUUGAGUUAUUUGGUGACUGGUUUAAAACCAAAUACACUCUAUGAAUUCUCUGUGAUGGUGACCAAAGGUCGAAGAUCAAGCACCUGGAGUAUGACAGCCCAUGGGACCACCUUUGAAUUGGUUCCUACUUCUCCACCUAAGGAUGUGACUGUUGUGAGCAAAGAGGGGAAACCCAAAACCAUAAUUGUGAACUGGCAGCCUCCCUCUGAGGCCAAUGGCAAAAUCACAGGUUACAUCAUCUAUUACAGUACAGACGUGAAUGCAGAGAUACAUGACUGGGUUAUUGAGCCUGUUGUGGGAAACAGACUGACUCACCAGAUUCAGGAGCUAACACUUGAUACACCAUACUACUUCAAGAUCCAGGCCCGAAACUCAAAAGGCAUGGGGCCCAUGUCUGAAGCUGUCCAAUUCAGAACGCCAAAAGCCUCAGGGUCUGCAGGAAAAGGAAGCCGGCUGCCAGACCUAGGAUCCGACUACAAACCUCCCAUGAGUGGCAGCAACAGCCCUCACGGAAGCCCAACGUCUCUAGACAGCAACAUGCUGCUGGUCAUCAUCGUCUCUGUUGGCGUCAUCACCAUUGUGGUGGUGGUGAUCAUUGCCGUCUUUUGUACUCGGCGCACCACCUCUCACCAGAAAAAGAAACGAGCUGCCUGCAAAUCAGUGAAUGGCUCCCACAAGUACAAAGGUAACUCCAAGGAUGUGAAACCUCCAGAUCUCUGGAUCCAUCACGAAAGGCUGGAGCUGAAGCCCAUUGAUAAGUCCCCAGACCCAAAUCCUAUCAUGACGGAUACUCCAAUUCCUCGCAAUUCUCAAGAUAUCACACCGGUUGACAAUUCCAUGGACAGCAAUAUCCAUCAAAGGCGAAAUUCAUACAGAGGGCAUGAGUCAGAGGACAGCAUGUCUACAUUGGCUGGAAGGCGGGGAAUGAGACCAAAAAUGAUGAUGCCUUUUGACUCUCAGCCACCCCAGCCUGUGAUUAGUGCCCAUCCCAUCCAUUCCCUCGAUAACCCUCACCAUCAUUUCCACUCCAGCAGCCUCGCUUCUCCAGCCCGCAGUCAUCUCUACCACCCGGGCAGCCCAUGGCCCGUUGGCACAUCCUUGUCCCUUUCAGACAGGGCCAAUUCCACAGAAUCUGUUCGAAACACCCCCAGCACUGAUACCAUGCCGGCCUCCUCGUCCCAGACCUGCUGCACUGACCAUCAGGAUCCUGAAGGUGCUACCAGCUCCUCUUACUUGGCCAGCUCCCAAGAGGAAGAUUCAGGCCAGAGCCUUCCCACAGCCCACGUUCGCCCCUCUCACCCAUUGAAGAGCUUCGCAGUGCCAGCAAUCCCACCCCCAGGACCUCCUACCUAUGAUCCUGCAUUGCCAAGCAUGCCAUUACUGUCCCAGCAAGCUCUGAACCAUCAUAUUCACUCAGUGAAGACGGCUUCCAUUGGGACUUUAGGAAGGAGCCGGCCUCCUAUGCCAGUGGUUGUUCCCAGUGCCCCUGAAGUACAGGAGACCACGAGGAUGCUGGAAGACUCCGAGAGUAGCUAUGAACCAGAUGAGCUGACCAAAGAGAUGGCCCACCUGGAAGGACUGAUGAAGGACCUAAAUGCCAUCACGACAGCAUGAUGGCCUUCAUGGGGACAUGACUCCAAGCCUGAGUCUGGAAGUCUUGGAACUUAGCCUUGCAAACAAGGAAUUGUACAGAGUACGAAGGACGCACUUGAGAGCACAGUGAGCCAGCAGACCAGCCAGCGCCUCCGCUGCGGCUGGCUCCAGGCACAGCCACCGGCCUUCUGGUCAGCCUGGACCACACGGGAGUCGAGGCAGCUUCCCUUUCCCUGCUGAUACCUGCGGGACUGGGCACCACGGGCCAAAAUUUUGUGUCCAGGGAGGAGGCGGGAAGUGCAACCUGCAUUUCACGGUGGCCAGGCUGUGUCUUCGUGCUGCAUCUGCAUCACGUUUAUGGAGUGUAGACAUUGGGAUUUAUGUACAAUUUUAUUUCUGUCCUAUUUUAUUUUACCUUAAAAAACAAAAACAAAACACUAUCAAAACCCAAGGAGGUCCAUGAUGUUCUCCACCGGUGGCUGGCAUGUGACUGCUUGUCUCAGUUGCAUGUGGAAAGUCACUGACAGAGUGAACUGGUUGUUAUGUGGGGGUAGGCUUGUUUUUGGUUUUGUCUUUAUUUUUUAAUUCUGAGACAUUGCAUCCUCUGCCAGCUGUUAAUCCAUCACUUUGAGGGAGAGGAAAUACUGCAUUGCUGUUUGUAAGCUUUUUUUUUUUAUUAUUUUUUAUUAUAAUUAUUAAAGACCUGACACUCUCCUCUCA